GUGUGUUGCAAUCUGAAUCCAGUCACGCCUUCUGCGGCGGGAAGCACUCCAGUCUCCAGUCGAGUUUGCGCGGUUAAAUUGGACAGAGCCAACACCAUCUCGGGUCCUCCCCUCUCCGUAGCUCAUAACUCCCACCCUGAGCAGUGAGCACAAGCAGAGCAGCUCCUGGGCCAUUCCUCUGGCCAUGACCGCGCCGAGCUCAAGGCCAGGUGUGUGUGUGUGGCCAUGAGUUUACCAGGGAAGAAUCCUCCGGCGGUGGCCGGAGGAAUGCAGCAAUGGCUCUCAUCCAUCGUUAUGUCAGCGGUGGCUCUGUUGCUGACCCUGGGGCCUACACAUGCUCAAGGUAGCUGUGAUAUCUUUCGUGGGAACUGGGUUCCUGAUUCUUCUGGGCCACUGUACACGAGCAGCUCUUGCCCUCUGAUCAUACGCGCGGAGAACUGCCAGGCGAAUGGGCGGCCGGACAAGGGGUAUGAGAACUGGAGAUGGAAGCCCGAGCGGUGCGCUCUCCCGCGCUUUGACGCAAGGAAGUUCCUGAAGCUGAUGAGGGGCAAGACACUUGCUUUCGCUGGGGAUUCGAUUGCUCAGAACCAGAUGGAGUCUCUCCUUUGCAUCCUAUGGCAGGUGGACACCCCAAUAAACCUUAGCGAUCGUAGGAUGAGUAGGUGGAUAUUCAAUUCGACCUCAAUAACUAUUAUCCGCAUAUGGUCUCCUUGGCUAUUAUACAAUUCAAAAGAAGCUGUGGGAAUUGCCCCCGAGGGUCUUAAUAAGGUUUUCCUCGAUAUCACAGAUAAGACGUUGAUGGAAUUUCUCCCAGGUUUUGAUGUCCUGGUCCUCUCUUUUGGACAUUGGUUUGUCACACCAUCGGCCUAUAUCCUGAAUGGCACAGUCGUUGGAGGGCAGAGCUGGUGGCCUCUUGAAGCUGGAAAGAUGCAGAUGAACAACAUUGAUGCUUUUGGUGCAUCCACCGAGACUUGCCUAACUGCUGUGGCUACUAACCCAAAUUUCAAAGGUAUAGCUAUUUUGAGCACAUACUCACCGGACCAUUACGAACGCGGGGCAUGGAAUGUUGGUGGAUCAUGCACUGGGAAGGUUAACCCCUUGGAUAAGGCGAUGAGGGAUGUAUUCAUAGAUGCAAUGUAUGCAAAACAAGUUGCGGGCUUUAGAAAGGUAGUCAAGAAUUCUGGAGAACAAGGAUCCAAGUUGAAACUAAUGAGCAUCACAGAACCCUUUGCCUUAAGGGUUGAUGGGCAUCCUGGACCAUACACAAAUCUGGACCCAAACAAGAAGACUCAAAGAGGGCCGGAUGGAAGGCCUCCACCUCAGGAUUGUCUACAUUGGUGCAUGCCAGGACCUAUAGAUACAUGGAACGAGAUGCUAUUUGAGACCAUACGAAGAUAACUGGAUGGAUAUGAUAUUUGAAGAAAGAAGUCUUGAUGGUUAUACUUGCCAUCACCUGACCUGAUGUGUCCUAUAGCGUUUGAGACAACAUCCAUCUUGAUGUUCUUUUACUGCAAAUAAUGAUAGCUGCAUCUCCGGGGAGUGUAUAGUAGAGAAUCUUUUGGCAUGAUGGAGCAUGUGAUUUAGAUUUUCCAAUUUAAUUCAAUUCAUAAGAGAGGUUGACAGUUGAUUUGUAUCUUGUAAGGUUGUUGUACUUUUUGCAUGACACAAUUAUUGUUGGAGUUGGGCAUAUAAUAUGAUAAAUUGCCAAAAAAAAUUUGGAACAUCCAGUGGAACCGUUGGAGCAAAAGCGGUCAUGUAUGAGAAUGAAACUAGUGCAAAGAAGUGAUUAUUUGUGUUUUGCUAGUCUAAAAUUA